UCGUCUUUGAAGGCAGUAAGAACAUUUACCAAAAUUCUGCUCUGACACUGAGUGGGGAAAUUGUCAUUUUAAACAAAGAGAAGAAGAGAACUUGGUUUUAUUAUCCUAUGUAUUGUAUAUGAAAUAUUAAUACUGUUUCCAGUGAGAUGUGCUGAAUACCAUAAUCCAUAAACAUAGCUGGGAUUAUACUCCUCAAAACAAUUAUUUUAAGAGCUAUAAAUUAAACUUACAACUAUAACUUCUUUCUUUUUUUUCUUUUUUUUUUUUUGCCUAGGGCAUUAAAGCAGAAGUGAAUAUUUCAGAUGUGGUUAGGAAGGCAUAUAUUACGUUUCCGCUAAUUCAGAUAAGGUUUUCCCAAUACACACCCCCCCACACCCCAACAAUCUUCUUUGCUUCCCCCUCCCCCCGUCUCGGGUGUGAUGUUCGCUGACCUAACACUGCCCGGCAGCUUAACUAGGGCAGUAGUGUACGGAGCUGGCACGUCGCGGACGCUGCCGUACGCUUCCGUACGCUUUCAAAUCACCGGGAAGGGUUUAGGUGUGUGCUGAAUAUCCGCUUACUGUAUAGGGUACUUAUGGAGGGUCGGUAUUUGUAUUUAUCGUCGCUUGGCAGGGUGGGGGAAGGGUGUGAGGCUGAGCUGGUUUCACCGUUGUGACAUGCACUGUGCCAGGCGGCUGUUGCAGGUACUUCCACAGAGCUCCUCGAUCAUCACAUCGUCCCGUCUUUCCGAAUUCGGGUAUCCCUUACUCUGUGGAUGUUCUGCAGUUGCGAACUAGUGUGCUGACUUAAAUAUUUUUAGGAAAAAAAGCUUGUUUUUUUUUAGGAUGCAGUAACUCACUUCACUCAAUAAUUUUGAAAUGGAAAACAGAAAUACCUUUGUGUCAGUGUCUAUAGUAGAGGUGCCCAGUUUCAUUAUAGCUUAAGUACUUCCAUAUCUCUUCCUAUAAUGUUAUUUUGUAAUUUCUUGCAGCAGUAUCUUGUGAAACAGUCUUUUCUACAUGAAGAGUACACUAGGGGGACUAUUUUCCUCUUUGUUGAGCAGUAUGGCAAGACUAUGAAUCUGGUCCCUUAUACACAGACACCAGCAAUUCCUAAAUUUAAAUGCAGCUGAUUUGCUUUGAUUUUUUUUUUUUUUUUUUUUAAAUAUCAGAGGCCUGUUUGUUUUACACCUGUUGCAUUCAUCUUCCUGAUGAAAGACGACUACUAGCUGCUGGCACAUUUACUUUGGAGAGAGUAUUUUUGUAAACUUCGUAUGUGGACAUUUCAUCUUUCCUUACCUUAUUUUAUUGACCAAUAUGUAACCAAAGGGCUGCAGUCCCUUCAGUGUAGCAAAUGCACAAGUCUUUGCUGUAAUUAUUGAGACUUGAAAAGACUUGAGAAAUUUGCCAGUGAUGUGGACAGAUGUCUAAAUCUGUUAGCCAGAUGCUGAUACGCAAGAUGUGUUGGACUUCUUUUUAUCAUCUUUUUGCAAAGGAUGUGGGAAGGAAGCAACACUACUCUGUUCUUAGUUCUCCUUCCUCAGAGUGGCACACAGUGUCUUUAUCAGGAGUGGCAGUGUAAAACUAGAGUUUACAUCAGUUUCAGUUUUUGUCUUCAGCUUCUUUUUUCUUCCAUAGUGACUGUGUUUCCAAGUUAGCUGCUAGCAUGAAUAUUUUUUCCAGCCUUCUAUUAUAUUCUUGUAUUCUUACUUCCCCCCCCCCCAAUUUUGAGCUGCCUUGUUCCUCCAUACAGAAGGGUUUGGGUUGCAAACUGCAGUCUGAUUAUUUUAAGUUUUGAUCUACUGAAGCAAGCACGUGUUUAAGCACGUGAAUGGGUCCUUGGGACUUCACUGGGAUUACUUGCAUGCUUAAACUUACUGCUUAAGCAUCUUACCUGAUCAAAGCCUUACCAUGUUGUGCUUUAACAAAAUACUCAGUAACAUUUGUAAGUGAAUUUUGUGCUGAGCAAAAGGUAAAGAGAUGCGUGGUUCCAGCCCCAGAGUUGAGACCGCUAGAUAACAUGCCUCUUGCAUCAUAGAGGAGUAUACUUCAGUAUCAAAGUAACAAAUGACUUUUUAAACUUUCCAGUAGAAACCAUGUGUAGAUAUUAGUACACAUUAUUAUUUUAUAUCUGUAGCGUACAUCAAAGUUCUCACUUUUCCCCAGCUCAUGCAAGCAGGUGACAGUUAUUAGAGAGAGAGACUGAGUAGUUCUUCCAGAGUCAUUGACAUUGUUUGAUCCACAGUGUGACAGUGAGGAGCACCUCCGCUGAAGGACUUGUUAAAUGCAGAUACAAACACAUCGCCUUGGUGAGUGUCAUCAGCUGCAAAGAGUCACAGGCUCUAAUAAACUUAACUUGUGAUGCGAUUGGGAAAUCUCCAGUGAAUGAUGUUGGACAGUAUCGCUGUCAGGUAGACCUGCAUGACAAAUAACGCAAUCAAUGUUCUUCAAUUCUUUGAAGUCAGGUUACCUGAAACAGUCAUGCAACAUAGGCAUUGUGUGUAAUAGGUUGUUAGUGUCAAUAUUUGGGCAUAUUUAAAAUACAAAACUUGAGAGUCAGAGGUUGGCUCCUACACUUACUUGUGCAUUUGAAAGUAUGUGGUUAAUGCUAAUAAAAAUUAAAUUGCCGCAGUGGCUUUUAUAUCGGCCGUAUUUUAUUGGCUUGAAUAAACGCCGUCUGAGAGUGUCAGGCUGGAGAAGAGAGGCAUCCUGGCGCUCCCACUCUGGAUGUCCUGCCUUUGCUCGGUUUUGUCCCGGUAAAGCAAGCGGUGUCUUACACGCCAGGCCGUUUUGUAUUCGGGUCAUUUUGGUGGUGCUCCACCACUUUGCUGUAAUCCUGGGAGAUUAGGGGUGGCUGGGCACGUGCUGGUGCAUUUAGAAAGGCGAGUGAUUAGGGUUAGCUGGGUGGUUUUGUGAAAGCUCUUUGUGCUGAUGUGGACAAAGUAGGAACCCUGAGUCGGUGGCCUCCUUUGCAGAAGGGCAGGCAGCGCUGGGGGGGGGCAGGGCCCCCACAGCCCCCUGCAGCGGCCGGGUUGCUUUCAGCCAGCUUGCAUGGGGUGAAACCACCACAGAACAUUACAGUGGGUGUUUUGGGUUCAAAGGGAGGCCGAAGGGAUUGUCUUGGAGAUAAGGGAAAACUGCGGGUAAAUAGUCAAAGCGUUUCUCUAGGUGGCAGCCUCCUAAAGGUGCCCCCGCGAGAUUUUGGCAUACGUGGAAGUAUGGAAAAUCUUUUGUGAGGGUUGUUUCUUAUUUGCAAUGCAAUUACAGUGGGUCUUAGAGUAGUGGCGGCUUGCCAAGGGAGAAACUGAAAGUGUUUCCUAAUGCAAGUUGUUACUUAGACUAAAAUCUUUGCAUGUUCUUGUUUCUUUCCCACUUUUUAAAAAGCCUUACUGCUACCUCUGGCACAGAAAACAUGCCCAAGGGCAGGGUUAUAAAAUGGCAGCAUUAGUUUCUUUUAAAGGCACGAGGCCCCCUGUGUUUUGAGGCAGACUCUCUGGAGGAGGAUGAGCUCUGAGCAUCCUCCUGCUGCUUUUUCCUUCUCCUUGCUGCAAAACCCCACAAUUUCCAAGUCAGCGCUGGGAAGGGGCCACAGCCUUACCAGGUCCCGAGGCAGGAGGCGCAUCCCAGUCCCACAGCACGUAGCGAGCAUCCCGAUGAAGGCCUGCCUGAUAACAGGGUGCUCGGGGAGCUGCAGCGUUUUUUUGAUGUGGCUUUUCUUGGGGCUGACAAUAUGUGCGUAGCACAGUGGUUCAGGAGCAAAAUAAAGUGCUCAAGUGAUGUGCACAGUCAUUCAGUUUUCAGUAGUGCUGGCUCAGCACACCAUGAGUUAAGUGAAGAUAAAGUUUAACCUCCUAUUCGCUCUUUUUUUGUGCUUUUGCAAACUUAGACUGUUCUUUUCUGUUACAAUUUCCUGAGCAUUGCCACACACUAAGCUUGGAAAAUGAGGUGCAUUUAGCCAAUUUAUGGCCUGACAUAUGUUAAUUAACAUUAAUUACCUGCUUGAAUAGUCCAUUUAGCACUUAUUAUUAAAAAGUGGCUUGUCUACAGAAGGGGAUUUUCCUUCAGAGUGAGGUGUUUUGUUCUAACUUGCUUCAGACGGAGUCAGGAUGGGGCAUCCCGUGCUUCUCUGCAUGGCUGUACCAGGUUCCUGAUGUUCCAGUUGUGUGUGUGGGAUACCAUUGCAUCAAUGACAGGCAACAACUCUUCACCCAUGUGUAUUUGACAUUUAUUCAGCAUCGACUUAGCUUUUCCAAGCAAACUAGCCUGUUUCCAAGCAUUUUUUUGCUAGCAGUGGAUAUAGCUCUUGCCUCUCUCAUUGAGACAGCUUGCCAGGAGCUGCAGGGAGAUCCAGAGGCCUGUGGUGAUGUGCCUAGGUCCUCCUUAGGGUGGAGGGAUUGGAAGAGCUCAGGUGUGCAAGGCUGGAGGGGGUGCAUAGGAGUUGCUGGAGCAUGCUGGGAGGGCGUCUUCAGCUCUAGAUGGCCAAGGAUGAUGGGCCUUGAGAUUCCCACAGCUCUUGAGCACACCACUGCUGGAGCAGAGCAUGGUCUUCAACAACAGCAGGUUAUGUUUUACUGUAUUAUUCAUCAGCUAUGGUAUCUAUGUUAUCUCCUGGCAAUGUGUUCUGCAGAGGUUGUUGCAGGUCAUUAGUCUAAAACCUGUGAGAUGAGGGGAGUAACAAGCAGAGAGCUCUUGUUCAAUUUCCAAAUACCAAUAUUAAAAAAAAAAAAAAAUCCAUUCCUCAUUUCCCCAUCCCUCAGUUCCUCAUUCCUCUCUUGGGAGACUCCAGGGAUGUUAUGUCCUACUUCACCUUCUCCACUCUUCCGUUUGUAACACCAGCUGGGGGGGUUGCAUGGUACAUGGGGUGCCUCUGUGGGAAAUCGAGGGCUGGCUUGUAACUGUGAGGGCACAUUGCAGGGUAUCCCUGCAUUUUUAGCUGGGAAUGCAGUGUGGAGGCAAUUUUGCUACAGGACUGGAGAAAGGCAAUUUCAGGGCACUGUAAGGGCUUGGGAACAAGCGGGAGAUUGCAUUAGUGCUGUGCCUCAUCCCUGUGAAGAAAUAGCAAGGGACCUGCCUUGCGGUGGGGCUGGAGAAGAGCAUUUCUGUGUUGCCAUUGCUUUUUGCCAGACUGCUUUCUCUCAAUGCUGUGCCUAACUGCGAGGUCCAGGAGGAGCCAGUCAUGUCCUACAAAGCCAGAGGCCUUUCUCUGGGCCACCCCCUUUGCAUGUUUGCUCAAGGACCGACAUGCUUGUUAUGCUGCUUUGCAGGGAAUUUGAGGCAAGUCAGGAGAUAACAGCAUUGGUGUCUUGUUAAUAACUCUGUGUUGCUUAUUGGGGAGUUUUUCUUUAUCUGUAUGCUGGUACCUAUUAAAAAGAAAAGCUAUGUAAAUACUUCUACUGAUAUAAAACACCUUUGUAAGAUUUCACUGACAGAGAAAUGCCUUUCUGGAGAUUUGUAUUAGUAAAGAAAUGCCUUGUGAAAAUUAGCUCUUAUAGCAGGCUUGUGCUAACUAAUUGAAUGGAUUUCUUGCUUGAUUGCAACAUGCUAUGCACUUAAGAGCUGAAUUAUGGAAUGCUGGGUUCUCACUUGAACAUGUUUGUUUGGCAGGGUAUUCUUUUGCUUUUCUUUAUUAUUUCUCUGCUGCUGGUGCAGUUGCUGCUCACUAUGUACAAAGGGACGUGUGAGGGAGGUGUGGGCCAGGACAGGAGGGCAGGGUCAGCCUGGGGAUCUUUGCCAGAGGGCUGGAGGAAGGUCCACUUGAAGUGAGGAAGGACAAUGUGUGGCACCAACAACUUGUCAUCAGGGCCUUUGCAGCUUGUGCCCUCCAGGUCUCCCCAAGGGUGCUGCCUGCCAGUUUUGGGGGGCAGGAGGCUGCUGGCAGUGGGUGUGGGGCUCUGCCUGUGCGACCUCUGGCUGCUGCACCCCAAGUGCUGCUGCCUGUCAGGUGUGUUUCCAUGGGCUGAGUCACUGGAUCAUGCCACUUCUGCAUCCCUUCAACCACUGCCUCUGACAAGGUGAAGGGUGGGUCUGUGCUGACGUCUCCACGCCAAAAUCCCAUUGAGAGCUCCGGAAUGAGGGCAGAAGCGCUGCUAAAGGUGCUGUUCUCCUCCUGCCUCUGAGGCUGCCUUCACGCUUUGUAUUGUACUUUGGGUCUGCCUGGAGGCUGCUCAUAACCCAGCCUUCUGCCUGGCAGUGCCUUCAGGCCAACCCGCUUCUCCAUCCCUGGCUUUCCUGGACCUUCGGCUCUCCCUGGAGAGCAGUGGAGGCCAUGGGGACACCCAGCAUUGUGACCAGCGGGUGGGCUGCAGUCCUAGCAAAAAAGUUUUUGGUAGGUUUGCUGGGUCCUUAGUCAUGUGAGCAGAAAAGGGCAGGUCUGGGCUUGAUGCCAGCACUUGAACAGGGAGGUAACAUCUGCUUAUCCUGACCCCACAGAAGUGGGAGGCGACAGAUAAGCUGUGAGGCUGAUGAGGAUGGAGACUGGUCUGUUGGGGCAGAGGCAGAUAGAGGAGCACCCAGACACAUGGGUACGUGUCUGCUUGGGCUUCAUUCUGCCUCCCAGCUGCUGCGGCUGCUCAGCACGAAGUGAUUCUUAGUGGGAAUAAAAAACUCAGUUUGCACGUAUGCAGCCUGGUUUAUGACAGCGCAGCUUUCACAGAAUUCGAUCCGGCACAACUUGUCACUCCACAGCCGCUUCGUCAGAGUGCAGAAUGAAGGCACUGGGAAAAGCUCUUGGUGGAUGAUUAAUCCAGAUGGUGGAAAAGGUGGCAAGGCGCCCCGGAGACGUGCUGUGUCGAUGGACAACAGCAACAAGUACACGAAGAGCAGAGGGCGGGCGGCUAAGAAGAAGGCAGCCCUGCAGACCGCCCAGGAGACGAGCGAGGACAGCCCUUCUCAGCUCUCCAAAUGGCCGGGGAGUCCCACCUCCCGCAGCAGUGAUGAGCUGGAUGCAUGGACAGAUUUUCGCUCCCGUACAAAUUCAAACGCCAGUACGAUCAGUGGCCGCUUGUCCCCGAUUUUGGCAAGCACCGAGCUAGAUGAUGUUCAAGAUGAUGACGCUCCACUUUCUCCCAUGCUCUACAGUAGCCCAUCGAGCUUGUCCCCAUCAGUAAACAAACCAUGUACUGUGGAGUUGCCUAGGUUGACUGAUAUGGCUGGGACAAUGAAUUUGAACGAUGGACUGACAGAUAACCUCAUGGAUGAUCUCUUGGACAAUAUAACACUCCCUCCCUCCCAGCAGUCGCCUACAGGAGGGAUAAUGCAGAGAAGCUCCAGUUUUCCAUAUGGUUCCAAAGGUUCAGGGCUGGGUUCCCCAUCAAGUAGUUUCAACAAUGCUGUGUUCGGGCCAUCGUCGCUGAAUUCCCUCCGCCAGUCACCCAUGCAGACCAUUCAGGAGAACAAGCAGGCCACCUUCUCUUCCAUGUCUCAUUACAACAACCAGACGCUGCAGGAUCUCCUUGCCUCUGAUGCACUUAGUCACAGCGAUGUCAUGAUGACACAGUCUGACCCACUCAUGUCACAAGCCAGCACAGCUGUGUCCGCCCAGAAUUCCCGCAGGAAUAUAAUGCUCCGCAACGACCCCAUGAUGUCAUUUGCCGCGCAGUCCAGCCAGGGCGGUCUGGUCAAUCAGAGCCUGCCUCAUCACCAGCACCAGUCCCACAACUCCUCUCUUAGUGGCAGCCGUGCCUUGUCCAAUUCCAUCAGUAACAUAGGCUUGAGUGACUCGAACAGCUUGGGAUCCUCCAAACAUCAGCAGUCAUCUGUCAAUCAGUCUAUGCAAACACUUUCUGACCCUCUCUCAGGCUCCUCUUUGUACUCCUCUAGUGUGAACCUCCCGGUCAUGGGACACGAGAAAUUCCCAAGUGACUUGGACCUGGAUAUUUUCAAUGGGAGCUUGGAGUGUGACAUGGAGUCCAUUAUCCGCAGUGAACUCAUGGAUGCAGAUGGGCUGGAUUUUAACUUUGAUUCCCUCAUCUCAGCUCAGAACGUUGUCGGUCUGAAUGUGGGGAACUUCACUGGUGCUAAACAGGCUUCAUCACAGAGUUGGGUACCAGGCUGAAGGAUCUUUGAGAACAGGGAAAAUGGGCAAACAGGCCCUCAAACUGACACGAGAUGUAGAGAGAACCCUUUGCCAAAUCUGCUGUCAGCAAGUGGACAGUGAUACUGUUUACAGCUUAUGACCUUUGUGAACCCUGCAUUAUUUUCCUAAAGAAGCAGACUGUUAAUAAGCCCCUUACUGGAGUGAAGAUCCUCCUUUUUUUUUUUCUUUUCUUUUUUUUCUUUUUUUUUCCUCUUCUUUUUGGGAAUUGAACUUAUUCUGAAGUAUGCAAAAUCUUUCUUUUCUGGGAUGGCCAAGCACCUGCUGUGGAGACAAUGUUCAGCACCAUCCUGUUGAGAACACACUGUGUAGCCUUUACAGUAGUUACUUGUCGAUGAGUAUGUGGUGUUUCAAUAUAUUAAUGGUUUAUGGGAUGUUUUAAGUUGGCUUUUCUUUUUGGAGGUUUUCCCUGUCUACCCCCCUCCCCCGUACAACCUCCAGUUUGAUUUCUUUAGAUUUUUGACCAUUUUUGCUCUCUCUCCCUGGGGAAUCUGAAGUACUGCGCACACGCAAGGAGAUGCUUAUAACCCAACACUGCUCAGAUGUCAGGGUUUUCUGAAUAUACAGCGUUUGUUACACCAGUCCACAGGCUGAAUUCCAGAGAGGGGUGAUGUGCGUGAUCUGUUUGUUGGGUUGGUUGGUUUGUUUCUUUCUUAUUUCUUUCCUUAAAUUUAAUGGUACAGCCCUGUUUGGUUUUGGUUUUUCUUUUUUUCCCUAAGCAUCAAACCAGGGUUGAUUGCAAAAGAAGGGAAGCCGGUGGAUUUGCCUCGUGGCUCGUGAGGACAGACUGACAGUGGGUGCGUUGCCUGCACAGGCACCCACCGAGGCAGGAGCCCCUCUGCUGCCCGCCCUUAGCAGGGCUGCCCCUCCUGCCGCAGCCAGCCAGUGAAGGGUUACAGGCUGAACUGCCACCUGUAAACAUGUGUUUGAAAAAGCAAAAGUUAAGGGAAAUACGCCAUUUUGCAGAAAAGCGUAGAGACUGGGCAUCGGCAGAUGGCUUGCAGUGGCAACGCCAGGAGCUGAGGCACAGGUCAUUGCGAGGUGUGUUAUUGCAUCAGUGAUCCUUUUUGUUUGUUUGUUUUGGACAUAUCCUUGGUUAUUUUUUCCUUCUCAUUAUGUAUAAUCUGUCGUGGCAGAAAAAGCAGGAGAGGGAAUGGCAAGGUGAACAGUAUCAUACAAAUGGCUUUUCAUGUAAGCACAGAUAGUAACAGGAUAAAUGACACUGAAAGAAAAGGCAGUUUUAUAUAUUUUGCUUCUAAGAUUUUCUUUUGUAAAAUUAAUAAUAAUAAUAAUAAUAAUGAAUAAAAGGUAUGGUGCUGUAUAGAUCCUCUCUAUAAUCUGGAAAGUUUGAUUACUUUUUAUUAGUAUCUUGGUGGGGAGGGAUCCAAAAAAAGAGGGGGAAACACCAUUGGUACAUAGGAACUCGAUAGGAAGACGUUCUGAAUAGGACAGUGUAUACAUAAUUCUCCAAAGUGAUAAAUGAAGUUUUUUUUUUUCUUUGCAUAAGAGCAUUAUGCAUAUAAAUAUAUAAAUAUAUUUUAUUAUGUACAGAAAUGGAUCAUUAUGCAUGGAUGUUAGGAAAACAAACUAGCAUUUUAACCCAAAGUCUCAGUGCAUGAGUUCCCACAGACCCGUGUCCCAUGCAAUGUGGAGUGACUCCCUCUCGCCACUCACACGCACGCACACACAAAAACAAGCAUUCAUGGGCCCUUCCUCGCCCCUCACUUUCCAGGUCCCUGAGGUGAUUUUGGUGAAACAACAGCUCCUAGUGUGAUGGACGUUUUGUUUUUGUAUUGUAGCCCCCACGCUGUUCUCUCGUAAAGAUGCACCUCUUGGUUUCUCCCCACAGUUAUAACUGUGUAGACUCUGUGCAGUUGUGGUUAUCGUAGCCCUGUAGCAUAUCGACUCUUCACGCAGCCAAGGGUUUAUCAUUCGUCUUUUAAAAAGCUUAUUUUUUCUUUUUACACUGAGGUGGUCUAUUUGUCAGCGUGGGGACUAAUUUAUUACAUUUGUUGGAAUUAGGUGAUCCUCAUUGCCCAUCUCUACCAGCUGCCAGCUACCCAGGUUGCUCGUGUGCCACAGUCACCUGGGCUAGGGGUCUCUUUUUAUGGAGUCGCGUUGCAGGCACCUUUUACCAAAAUUGGUCAAGAGCUUUAUCUCCAACCUCCUCUGAGCGUGUAGCAUUAGCUCUCAGCUUCCCAGUACACCCCAAAAUGCAAGUGUACGCUGAAGGACUUCCCUCCGGUGCUCCUUUCCCUGAGGCUCCUCUCUGGCUGCCACCCUACGGCUGGGGUCGUCCCCCUGCCCCACGGUUUCGGCCACCAGCAGAGCUCAUGCAGUGGCUCCCCGUGCCGGGGUGCAGCAUUUGGCCCCUGCCAUGGGUGAGUCCUCUGGUGAGACCCAGGGUGCCUGCUCAAAGACCAGCACCAGUAAGGCCUGACUUGAUGGUAUGGCCGAGGUGACAAAAAUCCAUCAUUUUACUUUUUUUCUUGGUAUGAAUGCAGUUCUUGUCAAAGGCAAGGGAAGGCCUGGUAGCUUAAACCAAAUGGGGGCAACUUCUGCUCUGCUAUGGCAGCCUGGUCCCCUUGAGUGCAGCGGAGCCAGCUCGUACUGGCCGAAAUGAGAGGGAAAACUAAGGUCCACUCUGUUCAGAAAACGGAGAAAAACCAGUUGGUUCAGAUACAGCCUAUCAAUGACAGAUAAGUUUUUUUUCUUAAAAAAAUAAAAGCAUUAGCAGCUGAAAGGCUUAACCUGCCUCCCAGCAAUGAUGAGGAAAGCAUUUCCAGUGGUGUGUCUGGGACUCGCUGGGCCCCUGCUUUGGAGAGUAGCCAGCACUUGCCGAAGAACAGUGGACUUGGCCAGCCUCUUCAGGGUUGGUUUGCUUUGUGUUGCUCUUUUUUGUGGCCAGAAUUUUCAAAUGGAAGUGCCUGGUGUCAGGCACCGAGUGUCGGCGACCCCAUUGUGGUGGCAGGGGACGAGCCGCUCUGCCCUCGUCACUUCUCAAAGGAAGGAGAGGAGUGCCAGGUGCCCCAGGCCCAGGGGAAGGUCACCACCAUCUGCGCCCACUGAGGUGCCCAGUAAACACCCUCCUCUUCUGAGGUGCUAAAUGAAUCUUACUGAAUUCAAAGGGCCACUUAUUCAGGUGUCAAAAUACAGACUUGACUGGCUAUUUUGGGGAAAAUACCUUUUGAAAACGUUUGCCUUUGGGUAUUUGAACAUGUUUAUGCCUAGAAGUUUUACUUCUGAAAUCGUGUAAAACGGAGAAAGGUCCAGAACAUUUAUAUAGGUAUCAUUUAAACAUUUGAUCUAAACAAAAGGUCUAAAAGGGUGACAUUUGUGCAGUUCCUAGUCACAAGUUUGGGGCUUGAUUUAAUAAUUUUGUAAAAAAAUUUUCUCUUGAGAAAAAUUGAAUAGUUGACCACUGCUUAACUCCAGAAAUGUUUGUGCCACCUCUUCAAAAAGUUACCUUUUAGGUCAUGUAUUUCUCUAAAAUGAUGUCGUUGCUUGGCAAUCGGUGUCCUGUGUGUGUUUUUAGUACACAGUAUACCUUAGGAAUUGGCAAUGGAUGCGAAGGAGGACCAGAUACAUUUUGUUACUAUGGGUUGGAAAAAAUGGAUUGUACAUUUGGCUUCACAUGUUUAACUUUUUUUUAAAAAAAAGUUGCAUGAUUGGAAAAAAUAUGUAUACAGUAUCUGUAAAACUGUUUUAUCUGUUUUUGUUUCAAGCCAUGUAAAUUGGAAGAAUAUUAAAUCCACAGCCUUAUCACGCAUGGCCGUCUUUACAUACCGAAGAGCUGAACAGUUUAUACUUUUCAUUUGGGCUAUCUUGUACUUUCAUUUGAAAGCAGACACUCUCAUGUUGCAGUCUUACUGAGGAUUUUAUAUUAAAAAAAAAAGAUGCUGCCCUGGAGGAAUAUACUACCUUACUACACAGAGGUUGGAAGGAAGUUUGUUUUGGAGCAAAACCUGCCCCUUUCCAAAUGAAGUAGAGACGCAUUGCUUACUCCACUUGGUGUUAGUAGAUAUUGCCUUGUGUAUUCCAUUUUAAAUUGUAAUCUAGUUUGUAAAAGAGAUGGUGACGCAUGUAAAUAAAGCAUAAUGGAUCUCUACAUUGCA